CUUGUUUGUGCUUGCAUGUGGUCCAUGAGAUUCCCUUUAAAGUUUAUUCUAUUGUCUUUCUACAGGCCUACUGUUGCCCAUGUGAUAACCAUGAAAGUGCAUCAUAGGGGUGAAAUUACAUUUGACCCAAAUAUGCCCUAUGAAAGUGGGCUCUGCCAAUCCUUUGAACAUAUGGAUGUGGAUCACAUUUCAUCCAUUGUGGUGAGUAAUUUGGUAAAGUACUUGGGAUAUCCCAGCUUCAAAUGCUUGUGGUAUAGGCAUGUGGCUAGUGAUGGGUCUGUCUGCUUUAGUCCACUUUCCAAUGAUGAAGAUGUUAGAGAAUUCUUUGAAAAUGUUAAAGGUGUAGCUGAAGUUGAUAUUUAUGUUGAACACCUAGUGGAAGAUCCAAAUAUUGUUCCUCUAAUUGCUUACAAGAGUGCUGAAGAUACUCCUGAGGUAUUGCAAGUUGGUUCUGAAAGUGAUGAUGAGGUAUUGCAAGACAGGGAGGGUGAGACUGAGACAGUCAAGGAGGCUGAGUUAGUGCAAGACAAGGAUGGUCAAAGUGUGCAGGAAAUUCAGAUUGAUGCUGAGGUUCUCCAACCUGAACAGAGAAGAGGUGCUGAGUUAGAGCAACACAGGGAGGCUGAAGAAGGGCAUGAAAAGGAAAGUGAGGCUGAGAUUGUUGUCAAUGAUGAACAGAGGAGAAGUGCUGAGUUAGAGCAAGACAAGGAGGCUGAAGAAGCGCAUGAAAAAGAAUUUGAGGCUGAGGUUGUUGUCAAUGAUGGACAGAGGAGAGGUACUGAGUUAGAGCAAGACAAGGAGGGUGAGUCAGUGCAAGAAAAAGAAAUUGAGUCUGAGGAACAGAUUCGUGAUGUGGAUGACAAUGAUGAAGUAACUGAAAAUGACAAGGGGGUAGAUAAGGGAAAAAGAAAGGCCAGUGAGGUUCUUCUCAGUGAUGAAGAUGAGGAUUCUGAUGCUGAAUUUGAUCCAAAUGAUGAAGAGGCAUCCUCUGAUUUUUCAAUGGAUGACAGUGACUACGAAGAAGAUUGGGAUUGGCUAUGUGUGCUUCCUAAAGAGUCUCUGCUGAAUAUAGCUGAGGCCAAUCCAGAUCCCACUUUUGCAGAAGGUUCUACUGAUCAAUAUACUCAAGCUGUGAAUGAGUCAAGGAACCUGGAGCCUAGUACAUAUGAGGAAUUUGAAGAUGAGGAUGGUGAUUCUGAGGACUUAGAAAGUCCAUCAGAAAGCGAUGAUGAAGGAAAAAGUAGAAGGAAAUAUCCUAAGUUCAAACCUACUGAAGAUGGGGAGGUGGUUCACCUUGAGUUAGGUCUGACUUUCAACAACAAAGAUCAGUUUAAGGAUGCUGUCAGUGAUUUUGCUAUCCAAACCAAGAAGAAUCUGACAAUCACCAAAAAUGAUAAAAAGAGGAUGGUGGUUAAAUGUGUUAAGGAGUGUCCAUUCUACCUGAGAGCCAGCAAGACUCCCUCAAGGCCUAUCUGGCAAAUUGUAAGCUUCCAUAACAACCAUAAUUGCUGCAGGACAGCCAGUAAUAGGCAGGCAAAGACAUUUUGGCUUGCUAAGAAAUUUAUGCAAAUUCUGAAACACACUCCAGAUUUGAAAGUGAGGGGCUUGAUAGAGGAGGCAAGGGUCAGGUGGGGCAUUGUGAUAGGGAGGUACAAGGCAUACAGGGCAAAGGUCAAGAGUCUAGAGAUGUUGCAUGGUGCAAGUGUGGAGCAAUACAUGCUGCUGAAUUGCUGAGAAGCAA